AAAACGAAGACUGACUUGGGCGCGUACUUGUAAGUUGUAAGCCCUAAAGAGUAGAGAGAGACAGAAGACAAGGAAAGCGUUACCGUCCCAGGGAAAAUGUUUUUCUCGCACUUCCCUUCCGUUCCCCUCCAAACUAGCAUUGAAUAAGACGCGAUUUUUAGGCCGUCACUCUUAACUCACACACACAAACGCGAGAGUUCUCCCCAUUUGAGAGAUGAAGUCUGAGAAUAAGAGACUGUAGAAAAGAGAAACAAAAGAACAGCGCACACAGUCACAGAGAGAGAGAGUGAGUGGAAGAUGCAUAGUUUGAAAGCUUUGGUGGCAUUGACGAGGAGGAGUUCGUUUCAGAGAGUCGGCCCUCUUUAUCUCUCAGAGCAUAGAGGCUUUUCUGCUCUACCAAGCUACGAGCAAAACGAUGAUCUCCAAGACCAGGUUUUAGUUGAAGGAAGAGCCAAGUCAAGAGCUGCCAUUCUCAACAGACCUUCUGCUCUGAAUGCUCUCACCAAUUCAAUGGCCGCUCGGCUUAAGAGAUUGUAUGAAUCAUGGGAAGAAAACCCGGAUAUCGGCUUUGUCUUGAUGAAGGGUAGCGGCAGGGCGUUCUGUUCCGGGGCAGAUGUUGGUAACCUCUAUCAUUUAAUCAGUGAAGGGAAUGUUGAGGAGUGUAAAAAGUUUUUUGAGACAUUAUAUAAGUUGGUAUAUCUUCAAGCAACAUAUUUGAAGCCACAAGUGGCUAUCUUGGAUGGUAUCACUAUGGGAGGUGGUGCUGGAAUUUCACUUCCAGGAAUGUUCCGUUUGGUAACUGAUAAGACUGUUUUCUCUAAUCCAGAGACUCAAUUGGGUUUCCAUCCUGAUGCAGGGGCUUCCUUUUAUCUUUCUCGUCUACCUGGCUAUUUGGGGGAAUACUUAGCACUUACAGGAGACAAGCUUAACGGUGUAGAAAUGAUUGCAUGUGGCCUUGCUACACACUAUUCACUACAUGCGAGACUUUCUUGGAUUGAGGAACGCCUUGGUAAAUUGAUGACCGAUGAUCCUUCUGUUAUAGAAACAUCCCUUGCACAAUAUGGUGACCUUGUCUAUCCCGAAAGGACAAGCAUUCUUCACAAGAUUGACACCAUUGAUGGAUGUUUCAGCCAUGAUACAGUUGAGGAAAUUAUUGAUGCAUUGGAAAAGGAGGCAGCUGAGUCUUAUGAUGAAUGGUGUAAAAUGACCCUAAAAAAACUAAGAGAAGCCUCCCCGUUAAGCUUAAAAAUUACUUUACAAUCUAUACGCGAAGGUAGAUUUCAAUCUCUUCCUCAAUGUCUUGCUCGUGAGUACCGGAUAUCCCUUAACGGAGUUUCUAAACGGGUUUCACAUGACUUUUGUGAGGGUGUUCGGUCACGAUUGAUAGACAAGGAUUUUGCCCCAAAGUGGGACCCAAGCUUAGCGGAAGUGUCAAAAGACAUGGUUGACUGCUACUUCUCUCAGCUUAAUGAGUUUGAGCCUGAGCUGGAGCUGCCAACGGCACUGCGAGAACCUUUUAUGUGAGAUGUUUUUAAUAAGUUUUUACGUGAGAUAUUGAAUUUGUAACAUGAUUGUCUGCCUUGUUGCUUAAUUUCGAAAUAAUUUAACCAUCUCAUGGUUUUCGUAGAAAUAAUGUUUCAAAUCAUUGUUGCAA